GUGGGCCUGAAUUUUUAGACAACGCUCCGGCUCCGUCGUGCGCACGCAGUUUGAUCAAGAGAAAGCAGCAACAGCAAGUUCAAGAUGACCGGCCGUGGAAAGGGAGGAAAGGGAUUGGGAAAAGGAGGAGCGAAGCGACACAGGAAGGUUCUUCGUGAUAACAUCCAGGGUAUCACAAAGCCGGCCAUCCGUCGUCUGGCACGCCGAGGCGGUGUCAAACGUAUCUCCGGUCUGAUCUACGAGGAGACUCGUGGUGUGCUGAAGGUGUUCCUAGAGAACGUGAUCCGUGACGCCGUCACGUACACCGAGCACGCCAAGAGGAAGACCGUCACCGCCAUGGACGUCGUCUACGCGCUGAAACGUCAGGGACGAAGAGGCCGAAAGGCACUGCAUUUGCGUUCUGGAGAUACAACAAUGGCCCGUACCAAGCAGACUGCCCGCAAGUCCACCGGAGGCAAAGCGCCCCGCAAGCAGCUCGCAACUAAGGCUGCUCGUAAGAGUGCGCCCGCCACCGGAGGUGUGAAGAAGCCCCAUCGUUACAGGCCCGGUACCGUCGCUCUUCGUGAGAUCCGUCGUUACCAGAAGAGCACUGAGCUUCUGAUCCGCAAGCUGCCGUUCCAGCGUCUCGUGCGUGAGAUCGCGCAAGACUUCAAGACUGACCUGCGUUUCCAGAGCUCCGCCGUUAUGGCCCUCCAGGAGGCCAGCGAGGCGUACCUCGUCGGUCUUUUCGAAGACACUAACCUGUGCGCCAUCCACGCGAAGCGUGUCACCAUCAUGCCGAAAGACAUCCAGCUCGCUCGCCGUAUCCGCGGUGAACGUGCUUAAGCGGUGGCUGCAUCGUGCAUUACGCGCACCUCGUUCGCUGUAACAAAACGGCCCUUUUCAGGGCCACAAAA